AUGAACAUUCAACCCAAAAUCGAACCUGGGUCAUCACCGACCAACUCUAACAACAAUCUUGAAGAUAAGUCUAUUCAUGAUCUUGUUAUGGUAUUGCGUGGAACAUGUCAAUGGGACACUUUUGAUAGCAUUGAAGCUGUUUUGGAGAGGAGGGAUAUGAGACUUAGAGAGGAGUUUCACACGGAGAGACUCUUGAGGUUACAUUCUGAGUCUGAGUUUAGGAAAAGAGAGGAAAUUGUUGAGAAAGAAAAGAUAAUACAUGAAAGUUAUGAAGCUUUGUUAAAGGAAGUCAAGGAAGUUGGAUUGGCUGAUCCAAAAACAAUUGAAGAGUUACAAAAGAAGAACAGUGAAUUGGAGUUAGAAGUUGAAAAUUUAAAGGAGAAAUGUGUUGAUGGUAGGAAUGAACUUGAUGUGUUAAAUCAUGAAAUUUUGGAGAUGAAAAGUAAGACUGGUAAACUAGAGUCUGAAGUUUUGGAGUUGAGGAAAUUAAAUGAAAAGAUGGUGGAGGAUAAUAACGAACUUGUUGUGCUAAGAGAAAUGAUUGGUAAAUUAGAGCAUGAAGUUUUGGAGUUAAGGAGGUUGAAGAAAAAAUUGUUAGAAAAUAGCAGUGCUCAUGAUGAGCUUCGAAGCAAGGUUCAUGUUCUGGAGGGUGAUAAAAAUGAUUUGGCUGACCUUAAGAUUAAAACUGGUGAAUUGAAGGAAACAAUGAAGAAGAAUUUGGAAACUAUAAGUGAGCUGAGGAAAGAAAAUGAUAAGCGGACGGUUGAUAUAUUACUUGGGUCUUUUUACAAAAAGUUCAGAGGACUGACUGGAAGAGUUUCAAGGUUGGAGGAUGAUACUAGUUUUGAAGAGAACGAGGAAGAGAAUAUUAGCGAGGAUCACUUCAGAAAUGACAUUGUUGAGGAGGCUGCUCCUUUGCAAAGAAAUGAAGCUGUUCAUCAAACUCUUGGAGUUUCUGCCAGCACUCAGCCACAAAGCAAAGGGAGCAAGGACGCUCAAGGUGCAUCAUCUGGUGAAAAAUGUUGGAUAAUAUACACAAGAAAGCCCAGGAAAACGGUUGUGAUUGCAGGGUCUAUUGGAGGCAUGGGAACAAUUAAAGUGAAAAAGGAUAUUGAGAUCAUGCACCUUGAUGUUGAUAAUUGGUGUAUGUCUGAAGGAGUACAUGAAAAGAAGGCUAUAUAUGGACUUGUCGUGAAGAAUGAGGAUCCAAGUCCAAGUUCAUCACUAGUAGUUCAACAAAAGACCAAGUUUGUAAAUGCGGUUGACACGGUCAAAAGAAAUUUUGCUUUCAGCGACAGUGAAACCUCCACUUCUUCUUCUUCCUCCGAUGAUUCGUCGUUUCUUGAUAAUCUUACAGUAAGGUCCACAAUAUCACUUGCAAAAAAGAAGAAAAUGUAG